AUGAGACCCGUGCUCUACCAAGUCCUCGCCGGCUGUCUUUGCCUCUUACGAGCUGCCGCUGAGGAGUCUCAAAUUCCCCGGGAGCUCGUGGAGCGUCUCUCCCGAAGCGACAUCCGGAGCAUCAACGACCUCCAGCGGCUGCUCGAGAUAGACACCGUAGAAAACCAAGUGAUUGAAGAGACCAAACACGACUAUGGCAAGGUCGUCUCUCACGCCUUCGUGGACUUCAAGCGUGCGUACACGCAUGCACGUUACAGGCGAAGUACUGUGGUCGAGGAGGCGUUGCCGGCAGGCUGCAAGGUACGGAGCACCAUCUACGAGAUCCCUCGCAGUCAAGUGGACCCCACUGCUGCCAACUUCAUCAUUUGGCCGCCGUGCGUGGAGGUCAAACGCUGCACGGGCUGCUGCAACACUAGCAACAUGCGGUGUCAGGCGGCCCGCAAGCACCACCGCACCGUCAGGGUGGCGAAAGUAGAGUAUAUUCGCCGUCGACCCAAAUUAAGAGAGGUGCAGGUCCGACUGGAGGACCACCUGGAGUGCGCAUGCGCCUACAAGCGGCAGCUCGCACCAAUCUCGAACACAGACAACGACGACAAUAUCAGGACUGCUUUCCCGACCUUUGGCUCCCAAGUUCUUGACCUGGGCUUUGUUCUGCUGUCAGGUGCCAGCUUGUGUUCUAUGGGCAUGGAGAUUCCUUCAAGAUAG